UGUCAUUCUUAAACCCUAACCCCAACUCCUCCCCCCACGAUCCUCCUACUCUUUCUUUCUCUCGCUGCUGCCGUCGAUUUCUCCGCUGCUCUGUUCGUGCGGCCGUCGGUCGCUGCUCUAUUCCUUUCGCACUGCUUUGCUCGUGUGUUCUCCCCUAUUGUCCCCAAUCAUUCAUAAUCACAACCUCCUUUUCACUGUCGGUUUCUUGGUUUGGGGUUGUCCGUUGGAGGCUUGUGUUGGAUGAAAUGACUUAAUUGUUCAUUUUUAUGAAUUCAAUUUCUACUUUUGAAAGAAAAAACUUUGCAUCGUUGAAGUAGUAUUUCACUGCCCUUCGUACACCGUUUCAGGCCUCUCCAUGACUUUGCUCGAAGUCAUCACUAAGGCUACGGCUAAUCCCGAACCACCCACAUCGGACUCGAAGCAUCCCUUCAUUCUUAACCCAGAUGAGAUUUUCAUCAAUUUGAAACCCCAAUCUGAAGAAUCAGACGACAUACCUUUGAUCAAAUCUCUAACUGGAUGGCAAAUAUCGCGAACGGAUUCAGAACUCAUCCUCUCAGCUGACAAGUUCUUUAAAAAGUUGAAGCGAAACCUCAAAAACCCAAAAACUUUCAACAAAGAGAGCUUUCUUGUGCUUUUGAAUUCAUUUCUUGAAAACAACAGGGCGAAGAUUGGCGUUCCACUUGUGGUUGAUACGUCAAAUGAAUCUUAUACUCGGGUAUUGAUCGAAAAGCUGGGCUUUUCAAUGGGGAGUCAUGUUGCAAGGUUGGUUAUUGAAGCGUGUGUUGUUUUGGAGUUUUGGGAGAUAUUGGAGACCAUUGUAGUUAAUAGGCUGGUAGAGCACUCAAAUUAUUCGAGUUUAGUUUCUAAUUUAGUGGAGAAGAAGAGAUCAGAUUUGCUUUGCCUAUGCAUCAAACAUUUUGCAGAUCUUCGAUCACAUGACUUAGUAUUAAUUUUGAAGUACUUCCUUUCUCCAUCUCAAGAUGGGUAUAGUGGUAUGUCAAGUGUAAGGAAGGAGUGGGAGAGCCAAGCCCUAUUGUCUAUUGAAAAGGCUACCGAUAAAAGUCUCAAGGGUAAGAAAUUGCGACUGGCAAAAGAGGCUGCAGUUUUACUUAUGAUUGCUUAUGAUGAGUUUUCGGUUUAUGAGCUAUGUUUGCAUUAUUUGCUGUCACCUAUGAAUGUCGAUGAAGUGAUAUUAUCAUCCGCAAUUGGCAUGUUGAAUGGUUUUGAAAUGAUGGGUUUGAUACGGUAUUUGGGUAAGUGGUUGAGGAAGUAUGAGAAGUUUCCGCAAGCAGGUCCUUGUGCAAAAGCAUCCUCUGUUUUGGGGCUGAAGGCCUGUGAAUGGGUCCCUAGACUUGAAGAUAUUGUGAAAUGCAUUGGGCUGGUAGUGGAUGAGCAUUUCUCUUCAUUGGUGUUGCAUCCAGAGUUUCAUGUCGAGCUUAGAUCAAUAGAGGGAGUGGUUAAUUCUUUAGCCUUGGAAGCUAGACUUUGCUGUUCUAUGGCAAAUAUGGUUGAGAAUUUGAAAAGUGGAGCUAGAGAUGCCCUAGUCUGAACCUGUCUCACUUUCUAAUGUUUUCACUCAGUAUGCACUACUCCUAGCCUCGCACUACAUUUGCAACAUUUGGGUCUUAUUUAUAUUAUAGUGUGACUGGAAUGCAGUUUGAAGUUUGAAUGGGUUGAAGGUAUAUUAAAAAUUCCAUUGCACCAACACAUGUUUGGAUGACUUUGAUGUAUGAAUACUUAUGGUUUUUCGUUAUGCUCAGCCGCCAUUUUGGUACUGGCAGUUUCAGUUAUUUAGCCGUGUAAUCGUGGUGAUUAUUUUUUUCCUGAGUUUGUUAAUCCAAUUGCGGAAUGGAGUUUUCCUCAUUCUUUUCUUUUUUCAAAACUUUUUUUUUUUUUGCGGGGGGAUUAUGGAUCCAUUGGGAGAGGGGAGAGGGGGAAUGGAUGCUAUUGCCUUUUGGCUUAGCAACUGCGGAAUUCUGGUCACACAAUGUUUGGUAUAUUGGAAAGGAAUGGAAUGGAAUGGAAUGAUUUAACUUUCUAGUCA